CAAAUGUAAAUAAAACAAAUUGGCAGCUGCCAACAACACUACCAGGGAUGAAACACUAUGUUGCAUUCGUGCCAAUAGCAUAUCACCAUGUGCUGUUGACGUUUAUUUGCAAUUACAAUCGAGUGCAGUUUACAGUUUUAUUACCGUAGUCCGGUAGUGAACGGUAGCUACAUCAGUCAGUGCAUUGCAGUGCGCGCACGGUAUUAAACGUGUCCAGUGAACAGCGCUUCCAAAAAUUACAGCAACCAUUGUGCUUCCAGUUUUAUAGUAGCGCACAAGUAUUGUCAGCAGCACAGAAAUCAGCAAGAUGCAGGUGGAAUGCAACCUGACGCAAGCAGAAACGAUCGGGAACAAUGGUCAGCCCAACAACAGCACGGGUGCAACAGUUGCAGCAGGCGUGGCCGUGAAUUGUGCAACAGUCGCCAAUGUCAACCAGAAUCAACGUCGACUACAAGAUGUGGGCACAUUGCGCCGUGAGGACUUCGACGGUGGACCGGUGAGUGUGGAUGAAAUCGUGCCAGGUUUAUAUUUGGGUAAUCUAACCGCUGCUACACACAUGGAAACAUUGAAAAAUUUCGAAAUUACUCACAUAUUAACACUGGACUCAGUGCCGCUGCCACAACAUAUCACUGAGGCGAGCUUUCUAACAACCAAAUACGUGCACAUUGCCGACAUGCCGAAGGAGGACAUUUUGCACCAUCUGGAUACCUGCGCGGAUUUCAUAAGCAUGGCUAUGGCGCAAAAGGGGCGUGUGCUCGUGCAUUGUUAUUUUGGCGUUAGUCGCAGUUCUGCCGUCGUCAUCGCUUUCAUUAUGAAACAGCACGAUUUGGAGUAUCAGGCGGCGUUUGAGUUGGUGCGCUCCAAGCGUCGCUUUGUGCAACCCAAUCCGGGCUUUGUGUCGCAACUGAAGCUUUAUCGACGCAUGGGCUGCAAAAUCGAUCCACAGUAUCAGCGGUACAAACUCUAUCGGCUGCGUUUGGCGGGCGAACAAGUGCGCAAAGCGAAAAUAUUGCCACAAUCCUUUAAUAGUCUGAUCAAAUCGGAUCCUGCCGUUACGCAGGAGAAUCCGGAGCCCAUUGUCUACCGCUGUCGCAAGUGCCGACGCGUUUUGGUUUCGAAAUCGCACGUACUGCUGCACAACACCAAAUCACUUGACAGAAGCACUGUGCCGUCGGUUGCAAAGGCAGGCGGCAGUAACAACAAUGCUGCACCGGUUGUGCAGCAGCCGCCGCGACUGCUGGAAGAGAUCGCCGCGCAAAUACGCAAUGCUUCACUGGACGCGCCCACCGUUGCCAACGCCGCAGCUGGCGUAGGCGAUGCGGUCAACGAGCAACUGCCGACUGUUUGUCGCAAUAUACUGUUCGUGGAGCCGAUCUCCUGGAUGCGCGACAUCUCGCACAACACGCAGGGGCGCUUGCAUUGCCCAAAGUGCGACCAAAAAGUGGGCAAUUUCAGCUGGAUCAAUGGCUGCCAAUGCCCGUGCGGCGAGGAAGUGUCGCCGGCAUUCUACUUGAUACCAUCGCGCGUGGAGCUCUCCAAAGCUGUGCAGAACGUCCAAACAACGCUUUAGACUAGCGUCGCAGUGGCGCAGCGCACACGCUGGCAAUUUAUUCACAAAAGUAUUACUUCAAUAAUGGAAAGUGCAAGUAAAAAAGAGAAAAUGAAAAACAAACGUAAAAACAAAUACAAAAUUUAUAAAUCUUGAUGUGAAAUUGAAAUGCUUCCAUUUUGUGUAAAUAUGUUAAUCGAGACUCGAAUCAAAUGUGUAUGUUAUGAAAAUAAACAUGUAACCUAGCUAAAAUAUCAAAAUUUUCAAGUUGCGCCUAGUUAAACGUAAAUAAAUCGAUAACGAAAAAUUCAAUACAAGAAGGUCUGCAACAAUUGAAGGGUUUCAAGUGUGCAAAGGCGAUUUUCAUGUUAAAAAUAGUUAAUUUUCAUAAGCUAAUACUCAAUACAAAAAAA